AUGCCGAUCAAGUGGACCUCGGAGUUGGAUGCCAUCCUUCUCCACGGCGUCUUCGAAGAAUGCAACAUCUCCUUCAACAAGACCCUUUGUACCAAGAUCGCUGAGCGCGUUUCUGCCGCUGGCAUGGAAUGCACAGCCAAAGCUGUCGAGAACCGCUUGUACUCGUGGAAGAAGAAGAAUGUCUCCGGCCAGACCAACCUCAAUUCCGCCACCAACACGCCGUCCAAGUCCUCCGCUGCGAACACCCCAAAGUCCACUCCACGUCCCCGCGCCAAGGCCACUCCUCGCAAGAAGAAGCAAGUUUCUGAGGACGUCGACAGCGAUGGCCCUUCCGGGCUUGUCGAUGAUGAUGAGGUCUUGAGUCCCACCGCUGCGAGGGGUAAACGUGGUAUCAGCGGCGGCGUAAAGAGGGAGGUUGAGUACAAGGAGAGUGAUGCGGAAGAUGAGGGAGAGGUGGAGGAAGAUUAUGUUCCAAUGGCGAAGAGGGUCAAGGCUGAGCCGGUUGAAAACGACGAGAUCUUCUGCGAUGACUUGGUUGAAGACGAGGUCUGAGGAGUUUGCUAGGUGCAUGUGUCAGUGGUGGGAGGUGGAUGAUGCUGAGUGCUCAGGUUCGAUGAGCGCAUUCAAGAACGAGAGUUGUCGUUUGCUGUUUGACGCAGAGUAGCGGCGUGGCUUUGAGUGUUCUGGAUGGUGCAUGCCUUGAAGGCGACCAUAUGUAGAGUCUGAGCUCGGAUC